UACAAAAAUUAGUUGAGGAACGGCAAACCACUACAUCUUAUAUCUCUUCAAUGGCGGCAACUCACUCCACGGCGCACAUUACCAUCAAUCGCAGCUCCCCUCCUCCUUCUCUGUAUUCAAUCCCCUUGAAACACUACAAAACGAUGCCGAAUUGCGCAUUAUCUCCUCAAAAUUGGAAAGAGAGUAGGCGAUUAGUCUCCAUUUCUCUCGUCCUCCUCCACUCUCUCUCCUCUCUUCCUCCCUAUGCAAUUGCUGGGAGUUCUUUUGAUAAAUACAUCAGAAGGAAAAAGCUUGAACCUCUGGAGGAUUAUGUGCCUGCUGUUAUACUGACUCAGUUGCAGAUCAAAGACAUAGAGGAAAGCCUAGAUGUCGACCAGGCUCAAUAUGCCGCCUACAGAUCAAUAUUACGUUCUGGGCCUGCUGCAUCAUUUCGGUCAAAUAUUCGAGCUGUUGCACAAUAUGCUUCUGAUGAUGGGAAGGGUAAGGCUGCUUUUGAUGACGUUGAUCAGUGUCUCAGAGCGUUGGAUGAAUUUGAUUCUUUGCUUCUACGCGCUUCAAGAAAUAACAAAGAAGCAUCACCUAAGUUGAUGAAAGAAAAGAUAAGCACAGCUGUGAAUGCAUUAAACAGCCUCCUCCAAACUGUACCCUCGGACGUGCUAGAUAAAGCAAAAGCAAUCGCAGAAGCCUAUCGAACCCCUGAAAGCAAUGGGGGUCCUCAGGAGUUGGAUCAAGAAUUGAAGGAAUUGCAAUCAAUCUUGUAAAUAAAGAAUUUACACCCCCAAACAAGAUAAACUUGCGACAUAGUUGAAAGGCAACAAAUCGAGGAAAUGCCCUUCUCGCUUUGGCCAAUCACAGGUAAAAUGUUGUAUAAACUAGUUCUUAGCCACCCCGCGCUGUUGCAUGAGUAUGAAGUUCAAAUUUUCUUAUUUUGAGAAAAAGAUUCAAAUCUUCUUCAGUUGAAUGAAAUAGUUGUAAUUUUAAUUGUUUUUGGUACAACAGUUGUUUAAGAUGUGAUUCUGUAUGACACUUAGAACUCCAGCAAUAGUCCCCUGUCUAGCAUAAAAGCGCCUAAAGUGGGGGCAUACAAAUCAUCCAUAAUUCCAUAUAAUGUAGGUCUACCAUAGUCCAUAGAUAUGUUCAGGCCAGACAGUAACGAAAGAGAGGUUUCUUUGUUUGAUAAGAAUAACGAAAGAAAAGCUGACCGACCACGUGAAGUAUUUAUUGGACUUUGGUAUUAAUGGUAAUGCCAUCUGCAGUGCUCCAGAAUGGAACUUUCUUUUGACUGAUUUGUCUACGAUUAGGGGUGUUAAUGAGCAUGCAUGGCUCGCAAACUAUUCGAGUUCAAUCCGAAUUUUCUAGAGUCGAACAUAGCAAAGUUCGAUUUGAAAAAUUCGUGAGCAUACUCGAAAUAUAUUUUAGCUAUAUUAUUUUGCAUAUUCUACAAAAUAAAAUAAAAAGUUACACGUAAAUUGUGCACAGUACUCGACUACUCGUGAAAAACUCAAAGUAAGUAAGUAGUCGAAUAUAUAUAUAUAUAUAUAUAUAUAUAUAUAUAUAUAUAUAUAUAUAUAUAUAUAUAUAUAUAUAUAUAUAUAUAUAUAUAUAUAUAGGAAUAGGAUCUUGUGAAAACACCCAUAAAACUGAAAACUGAAAACAAAAGAUCUGGGCCGUCUAUUAUUAUCCUGUGGACACAAGUAUUUAGCUUCCAUUUCUUUUUUCUCUCCCUCUCUCUUGUAAACAACAAUACCCAAUUCAGAGGAGAUGCAACAACCUUCGUUCUCUCGGGUUUUGUCCGUGCUCAGGGUGAUGCUGACAGUUUUGUUGAUCGUCUGUGGCAGAAGCAGAGGACUCAAUGUGGACAGUAGUCAGUAGGGAAAGUUCAGAGGAGAGUUCAAUCUUGAAGAACUGUUUUUUGUGUUUAUUUUGAAGUUUAGAGUUUGUUUUUACGGUGAACAGUAUGAUCGAAUUUUAUGACAUAACAUCAGUUUAUUUGGUAAAUUUUGUUCUAUUUCUCCUAUUUUAUGAUACAACCACCUGAACUUAUGCAAGAGUAAAAGUGAAGAAACAAUAGCAAUAGGAGCACAGACGAAUCUUGUGGGAUAUACAUCCUCUGUUUUUUAGUGGA